AUGAAAAUCAAAUAUUCCCAUACUCUCGAUGGACAAAACAUCUACAACUCUUGCUGCACACUGCGCAUCGACUUUAGCAAAAUGCAGAGCUUGAAUGUCAAAUACAAUAAUGACAAAUCACGGGAUUACACAAAUCCGACGUUGCCGACUGGUGAUCCAAAUCUUGACGCCGCCUCUUUGGCACUUGGUGUAGAGUCAAUUACAGGAGCUCCGAGCGUCCUUGCGUCGCCUUUUGCCGCAAUGCAUGGACUCCCCUCGCCUCUGGGAGGCCCUUACGGUAAUGGCGUGGCACCAGGUGCUGGACUCGCUGGUCUUGGCGGCUUCAGUCUCGGUGCGGGUGCUCUGGGUGUUCGUGUGCCCGGCAACCCCCAGAUUUCCUCUGUCUUGCUCGUCACCAAUCUUAAUGAAGAGACUGUCCAAUUACCGAAAGAGGGACAACCAGAUGCGGGUUUAACUAAAGACUACACCAACAGUCCUCUUCACCGAUUCAAAAAGCCUGGCUCGAAAAACUACCAAAAUAUCUACCCACCAAGUGCGACCCUGCAUUUAUCAAACAUUCCGGCGACUGUAACAGAAGACGAGAUAAAGGAUGCAUUUACGUCGAACGGCUUCACAGUGAAAGCAUUUAAAUUCUUCCCUAAGGACAGAAAAAUGGCCCUUAUUCAGAUGCCUAGUAUGGAUGACGCAGUAGCAGCUCUUAUUAAAAUGCACAACUAUCAAUUGAGUGAGUCCAACCACCUGCGAGUUUCAUUUUCAAAGAGCAACAUCUAA